GAGGAAUGCGGGCGAAAGGGGCAGGACAGGAGUAAUUUUUUGCAUUUCGUUUUGUCUUGUGCAUUGCGUGAUUUCCUUUCCCUGAUAUCUUUAAUUAGUAUGAUAAAUUUUUCAAUAAAAGAUAGAAUGCCAGUUAUAUUUAUAUUUAAUCAUCUUAUUAGUCGCAGUAGCAGUGCGUGGCGACAUCCUUUGUAGUCGAUAUCGUAGUAUUUCUCGUAGAAAUCUUGAAUAAGCUCUUCAACCUGAAAACAAAAAAAUAUGUCCGGUGAUGUGUUGCAGACAAAAUGCGGUGCGUGCUCAGAAAUUGCACACGAACCUUACAUCGAAUGUUGUGAGUGCAAUGUCUACUUGUGUACAACAUGUUUUGCGGCGGGGCGCGAAGUUGAUAAUCAUAAAAAUUACCACAAGUACGCCGUCAGACGGAACGACUUUCCUCUGUUCGAUAAUUGUAAUUGGUCAGCAAAAGAAGAAUGUAAGCUACUUUCAGCUCUGUCAACUUAUGGUUACGGCAAUUGGGAAGAGAUUUCUAAAAAUGUGCACACCCGCUCUAAACUUGAAUGUCAAGAGCAUUACAAAAAGUAUUACAUAGAAAAUGUGCAGUAUGAUGAUUUGAAACUAUUGCCUGAGACUGAGCAAUCACUGUUUCCAAAACCUGUGAUACCAUAUCUGUACAGUUUGAAUGUAAGUUGUAACCCACCUCGGAACAAUCAAGGAGAUCAACACUUAGCUGGAUAUAAUGCUCACAGAUCUGAAUUUGAAUUGAGCUAUGACAAUAAUGCUGAAAAUAUAAUGAGUAUUGAAGAUAAUUGCUCUGAUGAUGAUGAAGAUGAAUGUUUAGAUACUCUAAAGAUAGCAUUAGUGAAUUCAUUAAACACACGUUUGCGGGAACGACAAAGAAGAUAUAAGAUAAUACAGAUACAUGGCCUAAUAAUGCCCAGUAAACUGUUUUCUUGGCUACAGAGGUAUGAUAUUAACCUUAAGCAUAAUUAUGAGAGACUAAUGCCUUUCAUGCAGUUCAUGACUGCAAUACAAUUUGAUGCUUUAUUGGAAGGUUUAAAUUUAGAAUGUGAACUUUCACAACAGAUCUCUAGACUGUGUGAACACAGAAGAAAUGGAAUAAGAACACUUUAUGCAGCAAGACUAUAUAAACAGUUAAAAAAAGAGAAUGAUCUGAUGGUAAAAGAGCAGCAGUAUGCAUCACGUACAAUUAUGAAUAAACUUUACAAUCAUUCACCAACAAAGUCUAAGACCCUGACUGAAAACCAUAAUGUGAGAAAAAUGAAAAGAACAUGUAUGCCUCUAGAUAUAGUUGAUCUACCAGGAUUUCAUCUUUUAUCAGAUUCCGAAAAAGUUUUGUGUUCCAAUCUUCGUUUAGUGCCAUUCAACUAUCUAGAUAUUAAGGAACAACUUGUUCAAGAGAAUAAUAAAAUGGGACAUUUGAGACUUCUAGAUGCUCGUAGAAUAGUAAAAAUCGAUGUUAAUAAAACAAGAAAGAUUUAUGAUCACUUAGUAUCUGAAGGGAUCUUGAAUAAACCAAUGAAAUUGUAG